GUGCGCGGUCGCGAGGCCCAAGCGGUCGCAGCAGCUAGGCCGAACGAGAGCUGCCGCCCGUCCCCGGUGCUGCGGGGUCUGCCUUGCCGGCAGCCAGCUCCGGCUGCUUUCGCGGCUCGUGUGCCAGCCGCCGGCUGCGACAGCAGCGAGAGCGCCGCGCACCGCGCUCCAUGUCAAGAGGAGGCCAGUGGCCGCCAGCCAGUUGAGUCGGCGGCCCAGGCCACGGCGUUGCCCGCACACUCGGCUUCCGCCGCGGCGUGGUUUCGGGCCCACUUGGCCCCCAGCGCACGAACCCUGCGACAGGCUUAACAGCGCAUGGAGGCUCGCGCCCGGCCGGGCUGGGCCCUGGCCUGACUGAACAGAAGGCCUAUGAGUGCGAGUGAAGAGGAGGAUUUGGUCUUCCCUCGUCCGCCUUCAUAACUGUAGUGGCGAGGAUCCCGGGGACUUCAUGUGUUGGUGUAGGUGCAGCAGUUGCUGUCGGUGCCCAGAGGGCCUGACAUGUAUGCUGGUCCUAGCCAUAUUCGCUUCCGUCCUAGGGAUGUUUCAGUUCGGCUAUAAUCUAGGUGUAAUCAAUGCUCCACAAAAGGUACUAGAAGACUUUAUUUCAAAUGUGUAUCAAGAGCGGACGGGAAUGCAGAUACCCAAGAACUUCAAAGACUGGUUGUGGGCAAUCACUGUUGCUGUAUUUGCCAUUGGAGGCAUGGUUGGAGGCAUUUCUGGAGGCAUGAUGGCAAAUCGUUUUGGGAGGAAAGGGGGUAUGCUCAUCAACAAUAUUUUGGGCAUUCUUGGAGGCUCAUUGAUGGGUUUCAGCAAUGCCUCUAGAAGCAUAGAAUUGCUCAUUUUUGGUCGCCUUAUCAUUGGAAUGAAUUGUGGUCUCAACACUGCACUAGUGCCAAUGUACCUGCUAGAGAUAUCUCCUGUGCCACUCAGGGGAGGCCUAGGCACUGUCAGUCAAGUAGGAGUAACAGUGGGGAUGCUGCUUUCUCAAGUUUUAGGUAUUGAAGUCAUCUUAGGCACAGAAGAAGGAUGGCCAUACCUGCUCGCAAUUGCAGUCAUUCCAGCUGUGUUGCAGUUAGUGCUGCUGCCCUUCUGCCCAGAAAGUCCACGAUAUUUGCUCAUUUCAAAGCAGCAAGAGUCUUUAGCACGAGAAGCUCUACAAAAGCUGAGAUGCUCAAGUAUGGUUGAAGAUGACAUUGAGGAGAUGAAAACGGAGGAGCAAGCUCAACAGCAGGAAGCUAAAGUGACUAUGAUGCAAGUGAUCACGACUCGGUCACUCCAGCUACCACUUCUGAUUGGAGUAAUGAUGCAUCUCUCACAGCAGCUCUCUGGCAUCAUAGCUGUGUUCUACUACUCUGUACGACUGUUUGAGGCGGCUAACCUGCCGCCGAGCACUGCCAAGUUUGCCACCAUAGGAGUCGGAGUUGUCAUGGUGGUCAUGACACUAGUUUCCAUCCCGCUGAUGGACCGAGCGGGACGACGUACACUGCACUUGUAUGGCCUGGGGGGCAUGUUCAUCUUCAGCAUCUUCAUCACUAUCUCCCUGCUGGUGAAGUUCUUGUACCAUUGGAUCACUUAUAUGAGCGUAGUGAGCACUUUGUGCUUUGUAGUCUUUUUUGCAAUUGGUCCAGGAACAAUUCCCUGGAUGCUCAUGGCCGAGCUGUUCUCCCAGGGGCCUCGGCCAGCCGCCAUGAGCAUAGGUGUCCUCAUUAACUGGUCAGCCAACUUCAUCGUGAGCCUCAUUUUCCCCCCAAUGCAGGCAGCUCUUGGAAACUACACUUUCCUGCCAUUUACUGUACUGCUGGGCUUCUUCUGGACAUUCACAUACAAAAAAGUUCCAGAGACGAAGAACAGAACUUUUGAGGAAAUCUCUGCCCUUUUCAGGAGGGAUGAUGUAGUCAGCAUCAAUGGGAUGGGCACACGACGCAACUCUCUGGCACCUGGCCAGGAUGCAGUGUAUGAAGAAAAGCCAGAGACAUGUUAUCUCCAUCAGCAUCACCACCACCACCACUGUCACUACGGAAAGUUCCACAACAGAAAGAAACUUGAACUCAAUCACCUAGAAGACCAACUGUAACCAUACUUGUAGACUGAAUCACUCUUUUUGAAAUGACAGCGGGAGCCGACCCUCCUGUUCGGAGCAGUGCAAUCUGGCAGCGCCUGCAGCAGAAGCGGCAGCAGCAGGGUGUCUACUUCCCACCGGCCUCCUCCUCCUUUUUCUCCUCCCACGACGUCGCGCCGCGUCAGCAGCCGGGCCCCUGGUUGCGGCGCACGCAGGCGCACCCAGCGGCAGCGCAUAUCAAUUCCCGGACACGAGGGAACAAGUGGCCUGCCUCCCCCGUUUCUCCCCGCAACCACCGAAUCCCUGGCACCUUCGUGGACUGCGCCGAGGCUGGGCCGGACACCGACAAAGAACAAGCUAUGCAUUCCCACUGAUGGACUCCUCCGCGGGCGCGGAUGCCUGCCGCCGAGCAACCAAAGAAUGCCACGACACCUACCCGAUUCCCACUCAGGUCCUCACCCCCUGGUAACCCACAGCCAGACACAAACACGCAGACACACACACACGUCUUUGGUUCGCCUGUCCUGGGCACGGCUGGGGGUGUUGCCGCCACGAGUCCUAUCCGCGUCGUCGUCCUACACACACAAAGGCGCGCACACGCACACAUUGGUCGGUAUUCCUGGCGCGGAGCAGCGCGCACCGCGCCGCGCUGUUGCUUGUACGCCGGGUAGUGGAAACACGAACUUCCCUGGACAGGAUUUAUGCAGGACAACGUUUCUAUUGUAUAUUGUGCCUUCAGUUUGGGAUCCUUGUUUACAAAAGCUCGUGGGUCUGGAGCCAUGGUGAGCCCUUCUUCCCCUGUAUCUCUUUCUAUAUUCCUCUGUUCUUUUCUCUCUUCAUAUCUAGUUUCGCACAUGGGCAUCCGCGUCAGAGUACGCUAACAUGUACAGAAUUUUACCAAUAUAGCGUUACCACUGCGAGUGUAGGAAGAGAAAAACGUCAGCGGAGGGGCCUGCGGUAGUCUCCUAGUUUACUACGUGUAAAGAAAAAAUAAUGAAGACAUCAUGCUCAAACGUGUAAAAAGUUUGUACAAACGGCGAGUAUGUUUAAAGGAAAUUAUAUAUAUAACUUGCGCACCCAGAUAUAUUAUAUACACACGCGCGAACAAAAGAAAAAAGUAAUUAAUGAACUCAGAGUAAUCUUUGAGACACCCUUGAUGUAUGCAGGUUGCGCAGCAUUUUUUUAAGCCGAUAUUCUUGGAGCAGGCUCACGUGAAGUCACAUUGAAAUGGCCUGAAGUGCUUGACAGAAAAAAAAAAAGGCAAUGCUAAAGGUGUCCUCUGCGUGGACGUUUAUUUUAUUGCUUGAUUCGUGCCAUUAUUGACGACAUCAAAGACGGUUAUAAUAUAUAUCGUUUAAUUGAAUGGUUACUCAAUAGCUAUACGAACAGAGUGACUAACGUUCUGUAAGAAUAUUUUGUUUGCUUUGACAGGUUCAAUGCGCCAAAU